AUGGUGUUUCUUAACGAAUAUGAUGUUAAUAUCGUUCUUCUAAAUGAAACACAUCUGAAAUUUUCACAGCACUUGCAUAUUCCCAAUUUUUACUGCUAUAGGGAUGAUAGGAUUGAUGGAUGGGGUGGAAUAGCUGUACUUAUUCAUCAGUCUCUGGCAGCUGAUAGGAUAGACAUUUCACAUAUUCACUUGCCUGAAAAAUGGCAGGCUAUCAUUAUCAAAUUUGAAAAAUUUUUUAUUAUAGGAUCGUAUAAGACACCAGAUGUUCGUUUUCGUAAGGAGAUCUUUAGAGAAUUGGUUCAAAUGUGUGAUAAACCGUUUUUCUUCAUAGGUGACUUGAAUUGCCAACAUUCUUUAUGGGGUUCAUCAUCUAACAAUCCGAACGGCAAUCGUCUUGCAGAUCUUUUGGAGGAGGAUAACUUGUGUUUUCUCAAUACAGGUGAGGCGACAAGAAUCUCACCGCCUGACUCAAACAGUGUCCCUGACGUAGCUAUAGCAUCUCCAGGUUUGGCUGUGGACUGCCUCUGGGAAGUUUUUCCAGAGAUAGGAGCAAGUGAUCACUUUCCUUUUGUAGUGUGUUACGGGCAGGAUAGAAAUAGUCCCCAAGGAAAUGACCCUCUUCAAGAUCGCAGUAUCUUUAAUGUGAAAAAAGCCAAUUGGGAACAAUUCAACCAAUAUAUUGAGUCUAACAUUAACAACAUCCCUAAUGAGUCUUACACAGAUUUUCAAAACCUAAUAUUAGACGCAGCAAACAGGUUCAUCCCUAAGAAAAAGCGUGUUAGAUUCCAUAAACCACAAUUACCUUGGUGGGAUGAAGAGUGUUCAGUUUUAAUUAAAUCAAAGAGGGAGGCAGUCAAGAAGUUCAAACAGGUACCUUCUUUAGAAAACUUCAUUAAUUUUAAAAAAAUUAGGGCACAUUGUAAAAAUAAGGAACUUAAAUCCAAAAAGAAAAAAUCAUUUGUUGUGUUUUGUUCCACAAUUUCACCUGAUACUCCAAUAUCAGUAAUGUGGAGAAAAAUUUCUCCUAUGGCUUAUGAAACUGUCAAUAUGGGCAAAGAGGCAAAUAACCAAACCAAGUUUAUGGAAUGGUACCUCAAUAACUGGUCAGAAUAUAAACUUAUUUUCACAGAUGGAUCCAAAGAUAAACAAGGUAAUGUAGGUAUUGGGAUAUACCUUACCGAGAGAACACAGUUAACAGCAAGAUUACCAUCCGCUAAUUCAAUUUGCUCAGCAGAAGUAUUUGCCAUUAAAAAAGCAUUAGAGUUAAUCCAACAGAAUAAUUUUACAAAGUGCCUCAUCUGUAGUGAUUCUAAAAGUGCUCUAGAAAAAAUCACAAGACCAAGCUACAAGGCGGCAAUAGACUCACAAACUCUCCAACUAAAACAAAAACUAUGUGAAUUUGAUGAACAACAAAGAGAAAUUAAAUUUGCAUGGAUUCCAAGUCACACUGGAAUUAUUGGGAAUGAUAGAGCUGACCAUCUUGCGAAUCUUGGAAUAAAGCUGCCUAUUAGUGAAGAACCAAAGGCCCCCUUUAAAGAUUUUCAAAUUAAAUAUAAAGAAAAUCUAUGGAUUGGUUGGGAAAAUCGUUUCCAACAAAUAGGACAGGCAAAAGGAAUUACUUAUUGCUCACAAGUUACAGUUCCAUAUAAAAAGGCAUGGUUUACAAAAUUUCCCAACCUGGGGAGAGGUAUAAUCACACAAAUGUGUCGUAUGAGAAGUGGACAUUGUAGUGUUCCUGUACAUUUAUUUAGAUUGAAGGUAGUGAAUUCAAACCAGUGUUUAUGUGGCAGUGUAGGAACUUUACAACAUGUUUUAUUGGAAUGUACUAGGUUCCAAAGAGAGUCCCAGUUGCUUAGAAGGGAACUAGAACGUGAUCCGACAUUAACUGAUGUGUUGUUUAAAAAUUUAAACUCAAAGACAUUAAUCGCAGUGCAAAAGUUUUUAACAUCAACAAUGACUCGUGUGUAG